AUGCCCUCCCAGGGCAGCCGGGUCUCCAAAACAACGGAAAAAGUGCUGCCGGGAGCCCCCCUGCUUUCCCCGGCGCAAGGCGUGACCCCCCCGGGGCCGGCGCCCCCUCAGGACCAGCCCGCCGUCCUGAGCACCAACAGCCCCGCCGCUCUCAAAGUGGGCACGCACCAGAUCAUUCCCAAGAGUUUGGCUUCCGAAAUCAAGGUGACGAGCAAAGGCACCGGCCAGAAUGCGGAGACGAGCAAGAGGGUGCUGAAGGUGCGCAGCAUGGUGGAGAGCCUCAGCGUGCCGUUGGUGGCCGAUGCUGAGGAAGAGGCCGAGGGCGACUCGGACAGCCCGGGCUCCCUGAGGCGCGGCCUGCGGUCCACGUCCUACCGCAGGGCCGUGGUGAGCGGCGUGGACUUGGACGGCUCUUCUAAUUUUAAGAAAAAAAACAGAAUGUCCCAGCCCGUACUUAAAGCAGUUGUCGAAGAUAAAGAGAAAUUUUCGAGCCUGGGGAGGAUAAAGAAGAAAAUGCUGAAAGGACAAGGGACGUUUGAUGGGGAAGAAAAUGCUGUAUUGUAUCAGAACUAUAAAGAAAAAGCUCUUGACAUAGAUUCUGAUGAAGAGUCGGAGCCCCGAGAGCAGAAGUCAGAUGAAAAGAUUGUUUUUCACUAUAAGCCCCUGAGAUCAACAUGGAGUCAGCUGUCCGUUGUAAAGAAGAACGGGUUAUCAGAAGCAAUCAGCCAGGAAGAAAGAAAAAGACAGGAGGUACUCUUUAAAAAUGUGUUUGGGUCAUGCCUCACAAUGACCAAAACAGAGAGCCAUCACCUUUUCUCCAAUAUCACGGAUGUUUAUGAAGCAAGCAAAAAGUUCUUUAAUGAACUUGAAGCAAGACAUCAGAACAACAUCUUUAUUGAUGAUAUUAGUGAUAUAGUUGAAAAGCAUACUUCUUCAACGUUUGAUCCGUAUGUAAAAUACUGCACCAAUGAAGUCUAUCAGCAACGAACACUGCAGAAAUUACUAGCCACAAAUCCAGCAUUUAAAGAGGUGUUAUCACGGAUCGAGUCCCAUGAAGAUUGCCGGAAUCUACCAAUGAUCUCUUUCCUCAUUCUUCCUAUGCAGAGAGUUACUCGUCUUCCCCUACUGAUGGAUACUAUUUGUCAGAAAACUCCUAAGGAUUCAUCAAAGUAUGAGAACUGCAAGCAAGCUCUGAAAGAAGUGAGCAAGCUGGUGCGUUUAUGCAACGAAGGUGCUCGGAAAAUGGAAAGGACAGAAAUGAUGUACACAAUUAACUCCCAGCUGGAAUUUAAAAUCAAGCCAUUUCCAUUGGUUUCCUCUUCACGAUGGUUAGUGAAAAGGGGUGAAUUAACAGCAUAUGUGGAGGACACUGGACUCUUUUCUAAAAGAACUUCUAAGCAGCAAGUGUACUUCUUCCUCUUUAACGAUGUCCUCAUUAUCACCAAGAAGAAGAGUGAAGAGAGUUACAACGUCACAGAUUAUUCUUUAAGGGACCAGCUGGUGGUACAACAAUGUGAUGGUGAGGAGCUGACUUCUUCUCCUGUAAAGAACGCUUCAGCUAUGCUCUACUCGCGGCAGAGUUCUGCAGCUCACCUCUUCAGGCUCACGGUCCUCAGUAACCACGCAGGAGAGAAGGUGGAGAUGCUCCUGGGAACGGAGACUCAGAGUGAGAGAGCUCGCUGGAUCACAGCGCUUGGACGGGACAGAGACGGGCAGAAAACGGACAGGACAAUGUUGACUCAGGUAGAGAUCAUCAGAACGUACACAGCAAAGCAGGCAGAUGAACUGUCUCUUCAAGUUGCUGAUGUUGUUUUGGUUUAUCAAAAAGUAAAUGAUGGUUGGUAUGAAGGGGAACGGCUGCGGGAUGGCGAAAGAGGUUGGUUUCCCAUGGAGUGUGCUAAAGAAAUCACGUGUCGUGCCACGAUUGACAAGAACAUGGAACGGAUGGGGCGCUUACUUGGCCUUGAAACCAACGUGUAG